GCCAAGAAUACCAAAAAGCGACAACAAAUAACAUGGCGACGCCAUAGCUUAUCGUAGUUAACUUAGUAGCUUGUUACUUCCGGUGUGUCUGGAUGUUAAACUCCUUUUUGUUGCAUAAUUGAUUCGAAAUUUACGAAAGGUCGUCGCCAAGUGUUCUGUGGACACGUUGGUUAUACGGGGAACGAAUCCCGCUGAUUGUAGAAACGAAGCGGAACCGGUUUUAAUCAACGUGCUGUUUAUUCACAAUGUUCAACCCUGCACCUGGACCGCCACAUAUUCUCGGGAUCCCGUCUAUUAACGAUGGAAACAGACAAGUCAAUCCGCAAUGCUCCUUUUGUGCAAAAGAGAUCUACGAGGGUGAGCUUGAAGACGUACCCCACGAGCGGCUCAAAUGGCAUCGUAACACCUGUUUUCGAUGCUCGUCCUGCAGUUUGCCAUUGGUACGAGGCAGACCCUAUAUCAUCGUUCAAGAGGGCGCGCUCUGCAUGGAGUGCUUUGCGACAACCCGAAACCAGAACGCCGACUGCAGCUGGCAAGAAAAUGUCACUGUUCAAUACCGCGCGCGCAGGGUUCAUUUUAACAACAAUGCUAUUCAAAGAGUGUAUUCUCCAGAAGCCUCAAUAAUCGAAGAGCCUUGGCCCCAGGCCGCGAAAGCUCCGAUGAAUCCCGCUCUGGGAAAAGGACAACAGUGCUUUUCAACUGUGCCCGCAACAGCAACGAGAGAGGGUUCACCAGCACUACAUUCGCUUGUCACUACAUCACGACAAGGGCCAUCUCUUGUAUCUCAAAAUAUUGAGGAUCUACCAGCCCUUGACGGAGAUGUCGACGAGGGAUUAAGUCUUAACGCCAGCUCCUCCUGGUUUAAUGACUUGGCGAAUAGUUUCCAAGUUGGCGGUAAAACUUGCCACCCAAAUGGCAACAGUUCUUCUGUUAAUGGAGGAUCAAAUAAAAAAGGUGGCGAGAGCAAAACUUUUCCGUGUUCAACGCCUCCUCCAACACCCACUGAUUUGGAGAAAGCUUCUAGUACAAGCAAUGAACAAUCCAUGUUAUCGUCCCCCAGCGUAGAUCACAACGGUUCUGCAGGUCAUCAAAGUCUUAAACCGAUGGAUGUGAGCUUUGAUCGCGGCAGUAAGCAGGGGUCACCUCACGACCUUGAUUCGCAUCAAGAACGCCCUGUUAAUGAGGAACCCAAUGAUCAAGAUGAGGUUGUACAUCCAGACGGCAACAUCGAAGUGGCUCGACACUCACCGAGAACCCAUCGAGUUCGAGGAUUGCAGACACCGUCUCCGCCGUACAAUGCUAGCCGGGACACUUCGACUGCACUAAGCACGAUUUCGGAUGUGCAUUUCGGGAGUUCAACGCCCGAGAAAGGAGGGCGUCCUGUGACGCCGCUUCUCUCGACUUCAUACAAUGGAGCAAUUGAUUCAACUUUGGAGAUUACUAGCCUCCAUAAAGUCGCGUCACCAAAAACGGAUCUUUUAGACCCUGAGCUUAGCUUCAAUAGUCCGACGAACGCCGAAUCAUUCCAGCAAGCGCGACAGAAAUUCAUCGAUAGUGCACACCAAGACUCUGGCCAGGGCAAAUUCAUUUGCUAUCGUUGUGCAAGAAAGGUGUACGGGCUUGAUUGUCUCAACAUCUUGGAUCGUCACUACCACCGCUCGUGUUUCAGAUGCUGCAAAUGCCCAGCGCGUUUAGAUCAAAAGAACUAUUUUGACCAAAACAAAGAUCCCUAUUGCCGGAAAUGUUACCAAAAAUCAGCGAUGACACCAAAAUACAAUCCCAGCCCAGCGUAUGAUCGAUCUGUACUACCCGACGAUAACGGCAAAGACCUUCAGAACCAAACAGGGACGUCAUAAAGGAAAUACUGGCAGGAAUGCAUCUACUCUUUGCAUGGCUGAAGAACAUUGUUUUAGCUCUACUGCGAUUUUUAAACAUAGCAAAGAAUAAUAUAUUUUGUCGUAUGCACUAAGACAGAUCUGUAUCCGUUAACACGUCGUGCCUUAGUAACGCUUCAAUGUAGUAUUGCUUGAUUCAUUUAUAAGAAAAGUGUGUGGACUGUGGUUAAUUUAUGCGGUAUUUUAACGGAGCUGCUCGACAUUUCUUAUCUUUCUGAAGAUAAUUCAGUUUCAACACUAAUGAUACAAAGCGACUUUUUUCUCAUCAUUUGACCAACCAUCGCCACUUUUUAGGUUCCGAGUGAAUACUUGACAAUCUGUGCGUGCGGGUGUGUUUAUGUUAAUGAAGUCUACCGGAUAAGUGCCCUGAAAUAGAUAUUCGGAGACAUCGAUAUAUCGAUAUUAACAUUUGUUGGAAUUUUUAUUGAACUAAAACGAGUCAUUCUUUGGCGAAAGUGUCGUGCGCAGAUGUUCUAGUCUUCUCCAGAGCGUGUAUGAACAUGACACAACUUGUUACAUAUUCCUUAAUUUAUAAUAUUAACAGUAGUAUUUGUUCGAUUGAUAUAUAUAUAUAUAUAUCAUAGGCAAGAUGUUGGAUGGCAAUGACGCCACGUUUCAUGUUUCAAUAUGUCUUACUUCGGCAUAGAUUGCCGUUUUUACUAGACGUCUGUAUAGAAUGGCUCUUAUAGAAUAUUAUGAGUGCAAUUUUACAUUUGCAGUAUCAAUUAGUUGUUGUUACGUGCUACAAUUUUACCAUUGACCUAAAGCGACAGGUAAUUAGUACCACGGCAGCAAUGCAACAGACGGAAGAAUAAAACAGUCAGAGAGACAGACGAAAAUGUGCGUUUCGAGGGGUGUUAAGGUUCCAUGAUGCGUGUACUUCUAACAGACUGAAAGACUGUGACUAAACAAGCUCGCCACAUUUGCUAUUGGUGAGAAGUCAAUACCCAAUCGAUUACUCUGAAGUAAACAAUUGUUUCCAAUUGUCAAAAAGGGUUGCAAUAAUUCCUUCUACUUUGUACACAACCAUUACCUAUAUAGAGCUUUUCACAUAAAUACAUAAUAAUACUAAUCAACCUUGCAGUACGUAGAUUAUGAUCUAAUGUAAGCCCACGUAUACAUGCCUGCGUUUACACAUAAUCGGUCAAGCAAUGAUUCGCGCGAAUUUUCAGCGUCUUUGGAGUCGACGCCUUUACUUAUAGUCGGAAGAUGACACAGACAACAGCAGGACUAAUAGAUUCUUUUAUUUCAAUCUUCACAUUACUACUUCAAAAAUUCCCUGUCCGUGUCAGCCAGCUACCGAUCUUCGAGUUCACUUUUGAUCAGUAAGUAAAAAUGCGAUGCAAACUAGAUUCUUGCUGAUCGGAUUUUGUUGAUGUUUUGUUUGUACAUUUUUAGUAGAAAAAGCAGUACACACAAAAGGGAUAAAAGGACAUCGAACGACUAGGACUUAUCGGAGCUAGCACCUGCCAUAGACGUAAAAUGCUAGCGGCACUCAAUGAAUGGGAGACAUAGUUUUUUUGCCGUUUACUUCAUUCAUUUUAAAAAUUAUAUGUAAAGAAUGUGUCCUGCGAUUCCUAUAGUUCACUCUAGCGACUGACUACACAGAAUAUUAGAGUUUUGCGAAGAUCGGCAAGACGUAAAUGCCAGUGGCAAACAUUUGUGAUUGUUUCGUGCUUUGUUCAGCCGAUGUCGUUUAAAUUCUUUUAUCACUAAGUGCAUCAAGUUGCGUACGGAACAGGUAAAUUUCUAAAGUUAUAUUUUAGAAAAUUGCUCUAAAAAACAUUCUAUAUUCAGUAUUAGAAUCACUGCUUUUCAGGCUUUUAUCAUCCAACAAAGAGUAACAUAAGACAAAGCUUUGUGCACCUUCGUGCCAUCAAAGCAACUUUUCGUUACAGAAAUAUAAUUAAUAGAAAUGUAACUUAAGCUGUCAUUAUCUACGAUUAAGGACUCAAAAACGGAAAUUGAUACUGAUAAACUCGGUUUGAACCUAAACUUUUUAUCACUCCAGAUCAUAAAGCGUUUUUUUUUAACAUACAAGCAUUAGAUUGAUGAGAUACGUUUGAAGUGCUCUAGAAUGAGCCAAGCAUAAGGCAAAAUCAUCGUCCAGUUUCAA